UGAUUUGGCACUUCUUGCACUAAUAUAUUGAGCCCUCAUCUUUACUUCACACACAUCACAUAAACACAAGAAGAUGAACCUUGAAAAAAUGGGAGAGAAAGGUGGUCUUGGAUCAUGGUCCACCGGUUUCUGUGACUGCUUCUCUGAUUGCAGCUCCUGUUGUCUCACAAUGUGGUGCCCUUGUGUUAGUUUUGGAAGAGUAGCUGACAUAGUCGACAGAACAAAUUCUUGUUGUGUCCAAGGAACAAUAUUCUGUCUACUUGGUGGUUUUAGUCCAUUUGUGUCACUCUAUUCCUGCAUUUAUCGUACUAAAUUGAGAGAGCAAUAUGGGAUUGAAGGAAAUAGAUGUAAAGAUUGUAUUGCUAGUUGUCUAUGCCCUCGCUUUUCCAUUUGUCAAGAGUAUCGUGAACUCCAAGCACGUGGAUUCGAUGUCUCUGCAGGUUGGAAGGGUAACGUGAAAAUGGGUUCCCACGGUGUCACGGCGGCUCCUGCGGUGCAAGGUGGCAUGAGUCGUUAGCCCAAUAUAUUACGUUUGUGUUGUUUCUUUGUUUGUUAUGAUAACCAUAAUGAAAAACCAGGUGUUUAUGUACUUGAGAUAGUGUGAUUUUCCUUAAUUUCAAAUGAUGAAUGUUUAACCUUUUAUGGCUUGAGUUGUUUUCUCCUUAGUGAGU